AUGCAGUUCAAAGCUUUUACUGUGCUGCUCGCCAUCGGUCUUCCACUAGCCAUAGCAUCUCCACUUCCUGCGAAGGAGGCUGAGGCUAUUCCCUACUAUCCUAAGCGCAGCGAGGACGCUGAGGCCAUUCCCUUCUACCCUAAGCGCAGUGAGGACGCCGAGGCCAUUCCCUUCUACCCUAAGCGCAGCGAGGACGCCGAGACCAUUCCCUUCUAUCCUAAGCGCAGUGAGGACGCCGAGGCCAUUCCCUUCUAUCCUUGA